GAUUGCAUAAUGUUGAAACUUUGUUUGCAAACGGGAAUUUCCCUCACCCACCCUCUUCCCAGAAGUCGCCUGACUUCUUUGAAAAACCCCGGUUUGAAAGGAUCCAGCUUUCCCCCAUCUCAUAGGCCUGGGCCUGGCCAAACAUGGGGAUUGGGAAAUGAGAUCAGUGGUUAUUGAGCAGGGUGGAAGAUGUUUUGAACAGCAGAUGGAGCUGUAGUUCUGCAAAACUGAUAACGGCAUUUUGAGAGCUCAGAAAAUGUGGCUCUGUGUUGGGGAAAUGCAGAUCGAGACAUGCAAAGGAGGGGAGAGAGGCAGAAAGAGAGAAGCAACUGCAAAGACAAGAAGUAAAAGGACAAUUCCAUUGUCCUGCCCACCAGCCGGGGGAGGAAAUCAGCAAACCACUACUUGAUGCAUUGAUUUUGUCCAAAUCUGAAGUCCAACAACAGUGGCUUUGGCAGAAGAAGCCAAGAUGGAGCUUUUGCAGAUAUGGUGCUUCAUCACCGGCUGCCUCCUGGGUUGUACUGAUGCAGCCACCAUGUACGGAGAAAUCCUGUCUCCAAACUACCCUCAGGCGUAUCCCAAUGAUGCUCUGGAAUCCUGGGAAAUCCGCGUACCCCCUGGUUACGGCAUCCGCCUUUCCUUCACCCACCUGGACAUAGAACCAUCUAAAAAUUGUGAAUAUGACUCUGUGAAGAUCCUGACUGGUGACCAUGUUGAAGGCCAGCUCUGUGGGCGGAAGAAAAGCCAUACUCCGGGCUCCAAAAUUCUGCAGGAAUUCCUCUUCCCCUACCAUACCUUGACUGUCACUUUUCAGUCAGACUUUUCCAAUGAAGAACGAUUCACUGGGUUUGCUGCCUAUUUCGUUGCAGUGGAUGUGGAUGAGUGCACAGAGUUUGUGGAGGAGCCCUGCAGCCAUUACUGCAAUAACUACAUUGGUGGUUACUUUUGCUCUUGUCCGCCUGAGUAUUUUUUGCAUGAGGAUCAGAAGACGUGUGGAGUGAACUGCAGUGGGAAUAUCUUCACUGAGCUAUCCGGAGAAAUCACCAGCCCUAACUACCCCAACCCAUAUCCUGAGAACUCGCACUGCGAUUACCGUGUGGCCCUGGAGCCAGGAUACCGCGUGGUCCUGAACGUCAACAGCAAGGACUUUGACAUAGAGCCCGCUGACUCAGAAGGAAACUGCCCUGAUGUCUUAAGAAUCGUGACAGGAGACGAGCAGUUUGGUCCCUACUGUGGCAAUACCUUUGAUGGGCCCACAUAUAUACAGACUAGAAGCAAUGUUCUUGAUAUUUUCUUCCAAACAGACCAAACUAUGCAGGGCAAAGGCUGGAAGAUCCGUUACUCUGGGGACCCAAUGCCCUGUCCAAAGACUGUUAUCCCAAAUUCCAUUCUGGAUCCCGUAAAAAAUAACUAUGUCUUUAAGGAUUCUGUGAUGGUGACCUGCAUAAAAGGCUAUGAGAUUGUGAUGUCACAACGCAGCCUCACAUCCUUCCACUCUAGCUGUCAAAGUAAUGGCAAGUGGAGCGACUCUGACCGUACAUGUGAACCGGUAGAUUGCGGCAUUCCUGAUCCCCUUGACAAUGGAAACAUUGCUUACCUCUCAGGAGAUGAGGAGACUGGGUAUGAAGCCAUUAUCCGCUAUGCCUGCCACGAGCCCUAUUAUACAAUGAAGAGUAAAGGAAAUGGAGUCUAUCGUUGCUCAGCCCAUGGGAAAUGGGUGGAUGAAGAAGAGAGAACAGAGCUUCCGGUUUGUCUCCCAGUCUGUGGAGUUCGCCAUGCCCGCAAUGGAGAGGUUGGGAGGAUUUUUGGAGGUACAGUGAGUGAACCAGGCGACUUCCCUUGGCAAAUCUACUUUGAACAACCAAGAGGCGGUGGGGCUCUUAUUUCAGACCGCUGGAUACUUACUGCAGCUCAUGUGCUGGAGGGAUACCCGAGCCCAACCAUCUAUGCUGGGCUACACGUGGUUGGCCCAGUUGCCAUGCAGAACGCUGUGCCGCUAGUUGUGGAUGCUACGUUCAUUCACCCUCGUUGGAAGACAAAUGUACCAGAACCGCGGACGGACUUUGACAAUGACAUUGCUCUGUUGAGGUUGAAAGAACCACUGAAGAUGGGUCGCAACAUCUCUCCAAUCUGCUUGCCAGGUGCUUCCUCAGACUAUAUUCCACAGGAGCGGACCCUAGGCUACAUAUCUGGCUGGGGCAGGACAGAAAAGAGUCGAUUAGCAGUGAAACUUAGGGCAGCCAGAAUUCCUGUAGCAAACAUGGCCAUGUGCCAAAAUGUGAAGCCAGAUCCCCCUGCAGAUUCCUUGACCUAUAAAUUCACAGAUAAUAUGAUUUGUGCUGGGGAUGGCCGCGGGGACAGCUGUUCGGGGGACAGUGGUGGAGCGUAUGCCAUGGAGGAUCCCCACAAUGAGACCCAUUACUAUGUUGCUGGCCUGGUGUCCUGGGGACUGAAAUGUGGCACCUAUGGUCUUUACACUAAGGUGGCAAACUACGUGGACUGGAUUGCACAAACCAUGAGCCAGCAUGAAGAACCAGAAGAAUAGACCAGGCUGUCCUGGGGCACUGUCUGUCCCCUCAGGCACCCGCUGUUUCUUUUGCUAUUUUGUUCAGUCUGUUGGGCUAAUGCAAGAGAAGGAGGCUUGGAAGGAGGCUUUGCAUAUAAUUGCAAAUUGGUUUAGAUUGCCUGCAGUGCUCUGUCAUAAUGAGAAAUGAAUCAGCAGAUGCCAAGAGCUUUCUGGUUUGGGGUGUUUCUGACAUUUUAAAAAACAGUAUCUUGUUUUAUCUCCAAUUAAUUUCUUUUCUAUCUUUGGAAACUCAGUACUGCUUAAUAGAGACUAAGAGUAAUGCUCAGUCCCAGCUCCUUUUCAAAGUCCUUCUCCUUCAGAAAUACAAAGCUGGUGAGAAAACAAGAGCUUUAGAUAUCCCUCCCCCGAAGAAGCAGAAGGGCAUGUGACUGUCUUGAGGGAUUGUACAGCAAAUUCAGUAUGGUAACAGCAAGAUGCUGUUCAUACAGCCAGGAGCAUUCAGCUUUUCCCCCAUGAUGAUUGGCCCUUAAUACAAUUUUUUUCAAAAGUUGCACUUUGGAGGAGUGUUGAAAAUGGUUGUGUGCAAUCCUCUGGCAAUUUUGGUGGAGAGACCCCUGAGAUAAAGUGUGAGUUGGAGAUGUGGCUACCCAUCUGGGAGUGGCUUUGGAGAGUGUGAACUCCAUCUGCCAUCCAUCUCAAUUCCACUCCUGGGCAGAUUAUAUGCCCCAUAUACAGAAAAAGCAGUUUAGGGGUUGGAGGCAGGUUGUCUUGUGGAGGCCCAGAAGACCAUGUUCCUUCUACCUGGUUAUCCUUUAAAAAAUAUUAUUUUUAAAUAUACCUCCAUGGUUCCCCCCCCCCCCGAACACUUAUACAUCAGAGCAGCCCAGUAAUGUUUCCUUUCAUAAAUAAAUAAAGAAGUAAUAACAGUUUCCUGGUUUCUGGGGAGGGGGCCUGCCUGGUGCUUCUGGCCAAUGAGAUAGCCUUUCCAAUGAGGUAGUGAUAAGGUAGAUCUUCCAGUUGCUCUAGUGUUCGGCUGUGCUUGCACAAGAACGUCAUUCUCUCUCUCUCUUGCUCUCCAGGCAACAGUAAGAAUGUAAGAUACUUCCAUUCCAGGGGGCAAAUUCCCAUCCCUUGGCUUCACUACCAAAAGUUGCCGCUAAAGUUAGUUCUCCUUUACAGUAGUUGGAGCUUCCCAUUGAUGUAGCAUGCAGUUGUUAUUGCACAAGAACACUGGGAAAUAUAUAUUUUAAAAGACAGAAAUUACAUUUGCGGGGAUUUGCAGGCACCACACAUGCAUGUACCCCCCCUUCUCUUCACUACCUGGACACAGGUAAAUGUGCAGCAGGCGGGCACCUCCUUUACAAUCUUAUUGGCCAGUUAUGGGUGGGAUGGAUCACGGGGGAGCUGGCUGUGUGAACAAACCAGUGUUUGAAAAACCAUAAUUCAACAUAAUCAACCAUAAUAAAAAGCAGCAACGUGAAUGGCCUGUUUACUCCAAUGUAUGCUUAUUUACACUUAUACGCACCUAUACAUGCUUUAUAUACUCUUAUCCUAACUUACACCACUUCCUCCCACAGUAAAGUCCCCAGUCUGGGAAAUAAAAGUCGUCUUAGUCUUUUAUGGAUUGAACAGAAAAAAAAUGGGAGGCAUUUUGAGACUUAACUGUGAAUCUUUUUUAUUGUUGCAAAUAGUCUAUUUGGCUUCAACAGACUUUUCUGCCAUUCUUCUGCCAGUUUUGUCUUAGCAUCUGCUGAAGUGAGUCAUUGCCUAUCAAAGCGAAUGCUUGUCUGUAAUAAUAAAAUAAUAAUAAUAAAAUCUGAAGCUAGUCUCAAAGUGCCACUCAUCAUGUGUUUUCUAUCAAAAAGAAAAAAGAAAAAGAUUAGUGGCAACCAGCUGCUGCGAUUAUUCUCAGUGCUUUGAGAUGCUGUUUGAAGCCAAAAAGCUUUUAAAAAUAAAAUGUUCACAUUUGCCAUGGUUCAAAUACUACAGAUUUCACACCUCAUAGUAUCAAAUUCAUGGAUAAUGAAAUUAAACCAGCCUAAGACUUGUAUUGAACUUACAAUAAUAAAUGAAAAUGCUAACCAUAAAA